UGCUCCGGACUUUCUGCCCAUACCUUCAACCCUUUCCCGGAGAUCGCCCAGUUCAGUUAGGAUAGGGUAUUAAAUCAACUUUGGGCGAGAAGGAUGAUAUCUCCUGGAAAUAAAACCCUGGCCACCAGCUCGGGAACCCAACGCCCCAUACCCGCUAGACUGAAAGGUAACGUCAUCAGUCGGAGGUACAUCCAGGCUGGCCAACCAGCAGGGGUUCAGCGGGGGAAGGUGCAGUGCAUCACUGGUCCGCCAGGGCCGCCCGGUCCACCCGGAUCUAUCGUCAACCUCCCUCAAAAUAGCAUGGCUUUUCAACCGCCGCAGAGGGUCGCUUUUUCCGUAGCAAGAACUCGCAGCCUCAAGGGCAGCUUUAAGUACCAGAAGGUACUUUUUGACAAGAUGCUGGUGAAUAUCGGCGGUCAUUUCAACCUGAAGUCCGGUAUUUUUACCUGCGCUUUCCCGGGGGUGUAUCACGUGAGUUUCAGCGCAGGCGCAGUGCCAGGCCGCCAGGUGAACCUCGACUUGAUGUUGAGCGGCAAAGUCGUGGCUGACGUGUACAACACCGGCAAGAACAGCUACAGGGACAUGGUGAGUAGAAGCCUGCUGCUCCAGCUGAAGCCUGCAGAAACCCUGUGGUUGCGGCUGGCCAAGGGGCGGGAAUACGCUCUCUACAGCGACCACGAGCUCCAGACGUCCUUCUCAGUGUUCCUGCUCUACCCAGACACCUGAACAGCCGACCGAUAAUCUUCCUUGUAUCACAGGCAUUCAGUGUAAAUUCAUGGCGGUAAAACCUCAUCUUCAGUGUCAAUUAUCUGGACAUUUUAGUGUAGUACGUUGGAUCAACCCUAUCCCAUAGCAUACUGAUAUCUGUGAGGCAAAAAUGCGAUGUCGCUGACAGAAUAAUUAUAAACCAUUCAAGUAUGAAAAGAUAACAAUAAGACAACAAAUGCUCUUAGAAAUGGUAGUAAAUGUCCAGAAUAAUUUUGUUUUGUUUUGUUUUUCAGCAUUGUUCGAAGUUGCAAUGUAAGCUUUUAAUCCUCUCUAUUAGCACAAUGAUUAGAAUCAUAUAUGUAAAAAGACACGAAUAUUUCUUUAAUUUGCACCAAAACCUUGCUUCCCAAACUGCACGUUAUCCGUUCUUGUCACAUGUAAUUAUGUUGGCAGAUUUUUUUCUUGUCUAAACGUCUAGGGUAUCAAUGCCUGUCUGUAUACUUAGCAUCAUUAUUAGAAGCAGUGUUACUAUAAAGUCAGUUUAUAGUCAACUCAACUGCAGAAGCGCGUGUUAUUGCCCUUGUCAGAAGGGUAUUAAAUCAGUUUACUUUA